AUGAAAACUGGUCAAGGGUGUGAAGAUGAAUUGUUAGGUCAGGGAUGUGAAGAUGAAUUGUUAGGUCAGGGAUGUGAAGAUGAAUUGUUAGGUCAGGGAUGUGAAGAUGAAUUGUUAGGUCAGGGGUGUGAAGAUGAAUUGUUGGGUCAGGAAUGUGAAGAUGAAUUGUUGGAUCAGGGAUGUGAAGAUGAAUUGUUAGGUCAGGGAUGUGAAGAUGAAUUGUUAGGUCAGGGCUGUGAAGAUGAAUUGUUAGGUCAGGGCUGUGAAGAUGAAUUGUUAGGUCAGGGUGUGAAGCGGACUUCUUAG